AUGAACCACGCACGACGCUUCACGCUGAUGCCGGGGCCGAAGCCCCUGCCCGUGCUGGGCAACUCCUGGCGCUUCGCCAUCGGCCAGAAGCCGUGGAGCACGCGAUCCCUGGACGUCACGCUAUGGAACUUGCGAGCGAUGGCCGGCGCUGGUGGUGCAGCUAAAGUGGCUAAACUCUUCGGGCACCCCGAUCUAGUUUUUCCGUUCUGUGCGGAGGAGACGGCGAAGAUCUAUAGGCGGGAGGACUCUUUACCACAUAGAGCGGUUGCGCCGUGCCUGAAGCACUACAAACAGGAGUUGAGAAAAGACUUCUUUGGGGACGAGCCGGGUUUGAUAGGAGUGCAUGGGCCGAGAUGGUCGAAGUUCCGAUCCAAAGUAUCAAAAUCCCUUAUCGCUCCAGAGGCGGCUAGAGCAGCGGUGCCUUCGCUGGAUCAUGUGGCUGAAGACUUUGUAAGAAGGUAA